AUGAGUUCUGGCAAAUCUUUGGACUAUCUGUCUGAUGCCCAUGCUCUGCAUGUAGUGGAUACAAGUCGAGCAAAAGAUGGUGUAUGGCUCGUUAAAGUGCCAAAUUAUUUAGCCGAUCUUUGGACUAAUGCUGGCCCAGAUGGCAUUGUUGGCAAAGUAGUUAUUGCUAGUUCUGGAGCUCCCUCUGCUAGUACCCCGGGCUCGAAGAGACCCGGUUCACAAGUAACGCUAGUUACAGACUCCGAGCUUUUAAUGAAAGCAGGCGACGAUGGAAAGCUCAUUCCAAAGGUGUGA